AUGUACUGUGGCUACCGACUGUCAGUGCAGCAGCCUGGGAUCACCCAUUUACCGCAAGCGCCACCGAUCCCAUCCAGCCAGGCCGAGGAGAUUGUACGACAGGUCGAGCAGCGCUAUACCGAGGCCCUCUCGACGGUCGAGCAUACCGUCGAGGCGGGCCAGGUCGAUGACGCUAACCCAUGGCUUCGCCGUACGCAGUGGCCCACGUAUCUCCGGGGCAUUCUAGUACCGCCCCUCCUUCAGUCGCUCGAGACUCCGGCGCCCGAGGGGGCAGAGAACGAGGCUAUCGUACGAGUGAUUUAG